GGGGUCCUCCAUUCCCAGGAGCGUUUCCCGCUGGUGUCCCGGCUAGGAGCUCCCAGCCUCCCACGACCCCAGACCCGCCGGGACCGCUUUCCUCCGCUCGCGCGCUCAUGACGGACAUGCCGGACAAGAAACUUGUGGUCGUUUUUGGAGCCACAGGUGCCCAGGGGGGCUCAGUGGCCCGGACACUCCUGGAAGAUGGGACAUUCAGGGUUCGAGUGGUGACCCGGGACCCUGGGCAGCAGGCAGCAAAGGCAUUGAGGCUGCAAGGUGCAGAAGUGGUGCAGGGAGACCAGGACGACAAGGCCAGCAUGGAGCUGGCCCUGACUGGGGCUUACGCCACCUUCAUCGUGACCAACUACUGGGAGAACCUCAGCCAGGAGCAGGAGGUCAAGCAGGGAAAACUGCUGGCUGAUCUGGCCAAGCGCCUGGGCCUUCACUACGUGGUCUACAGUGGCCUGGAGAACAUCAAGAAGCUGACGGGUGGGAAACUGGCCGCCGGCCACUUUGAUGGCAAAGGCGAGGUGGAGGAAUACUUCCGGGACAUCGGCGUUCCCAUGACUAGCGUGCGGCUGCCCUGCUACUUCGAGAACCUCUUAUCCUACUUCCUGCCCCAGAAAGCCCCAGAUGGAAAGAGCUACUUGCUGAGCCUGCCCAUGGGCGACAUCCCCAUGGACGGGAUGGCUGUGGCAGACCUGGGUCCAGUGGUGCUUAGCCUGCUGAAGGCGCCAGAAGAGUAUGUCGGACAAAACCUGGGGCUCAGCACCUGCAGGCACACGGUGGGGGAGUAUACCACCCUCCUCACCAAGCAUACUGGCCAUGCUGUGCACGACGCCAAGACGACUCCAGAGGAAUAUGAGAAGCUUGGCUUCCCUGGGGCCCAGGAGCUGGCCAACAUGUUCCGUUUCUAUGCCAUGAAACCCGACCGCAACAUCGAAUUGACCCUGAAACUCAACCCCAAGGCCAGGACCCUGGACCAGUGGCUGGAGCAGCACAAGGGGGACUUUGCCCACCUGUGACUCUGCCUGCCUCUCGAACCUGAGUCUGUGGGGAAGGGAGGCACGGGGUCAUGAUUAUCCUUUUUUGUGUUAAAAAAAAUUUUUUUUUUGAAUAAAGGCCAUUGUUCUUGCAGAUGGUUUCCAAAAGAAAGGGGCUUUGUUUCUGGGAUUUGGGCUAGAGUGGCAGCUGCUGGGGUGCCGACGGCGUUAACGUGAUUGG